CUACGGCCUAUUUUAUUAGAUAAAUUAUCACCUUGAACAACCAUUUUGGAUGGAGACAUGGGAGAGGAUUGUGCCAAAUUGUGUUCUGAUUUUCAACAGUUUGUACAACUACUGAUCAACCAGGAAUUGUUGGAUUAUUGUGCUCAUAUUAUAUACUGUGCAGAGUAAUGAAUAAGAAUUCAAUGUCAUUCACCAACGUCGGUGCAUAAUUGAUUAUAGUUUUCUUGGGGAAAUGUCUAGACCUUGGAUCAUGUUGACCUUGUUUACCAUUGCGCAGUAUGUUACCGCAUUCCAAAUAGUCCGGUUGUUUGCUACACUUUAGUUACAAACGUGCGUUGAAAGAUGUCGCUAUAAGAGUUAAAUAUCACGCAUGCGUAGUUGUCAGUCUCCAAUAGCAACGUUCAAAAUUUCUUGAGCGCAGAUAAUUUUUCACUUUUACAUCAAAAUAUCAAUUUAUAAGUGGACAGAGAACUGAAAACAGACUGUAAUAAUGUCACAGACACCAAUAGAUGUUCCCAAGUUGGAACUAGAGAGUGCUUUCGGAUUUAAUGGGGAAGUUCCACAGGGGCUGAAGGUACACCCAGAUAUGAAACAUCUCAUCUAUCCCCUAGGAGAUAAAAUUGUCAUAGAAAACCUUAGCAAUCACAAGCAAGAUUUCCUACAAGGGCAUACAAACAAUGUCACUUGUGUUGCUGUAUCCAAAAGUGGUCGAUACAUCGCAUCUGGGCAGCAAACUCACAUGGGCUUCAAAGCUGAUGUCAUUGUUUGGGACUAUGAAGAGAAAUGUAUUUAUGCCACAUUUACUCUCCACAAAGUGAAGGUGGAAUGCCUUGCAUUUUCACCCAAUGAUAGGUAUCUGGCAACACUUGGUGGUCAAGAUGAUGGAAGCAUCGUUAUCUGGGAUAUAGCCCGCAGAGAUGCAAUCUGUGGUUCCCCUGCUCAGGUACAGAGUGCCGGGACAACAUAUGUGGUACGCUUUGCCAACAAUGAUGAGAACAUGUUUGUCACAGCUGGAAAUAAUACUAUAAGGAUAUGGAGUCUAGAUGUUACAAACAGAAAGAUCCGUCCAGUAGAAGCAUACACAGGCAAUUGUAAACGUAUAGUCAAGUGCUUAGAAAUAUCUAAAGAUAACAGUGAAGUGUACUGUGGGACAACAACAGGAGAUAUCUUAGCUAUUAGCACCAAGACUCACAAAUGUUUGCGGGUUGGUCCAGAAAAGGGAAAGUUUAGCCAGGGCAUUGUGUGCAUUCAUGCCCUGGAGGCAAAGGAGUCCAAAGAACUCCUAAUUGGAGCUGGGGAUGGAACAGUCUCUAUUGUAAACAGUGAAACAUUCAAGAGAACAAAAAAAACCCAAUCUGUGGCAGGGGCUGUCACUUCAAUUGCACUCAGAGGGAUGGGACACCAAUUCUUUGUAGCCACAAACAAAUGCCAGAUGUACAAGUUUGAAUUCCAUGACUUCACAAGCAGUCUGAUAUGUACAGCAAGCAAUGGAGCUAUUCUUGAUGUAGCAUUCCCAUAUCAAUGUUCUGAACUCUGUGCUACCUGUGCAAAAGAUGAAAUAAAAAUAUGGAAUUUGAACCAAGGAAAAGAACUUCUGCGCAUUGCUGUACCAAAUAUAAUAUGUCGGGCCAUUGACUUCACUCGAGAUGGCACAUGUAUAGUUAGUGCCUGGAUAGAUGGCAAGAUCAGAUUGUUCAAGCCUGAAAGUGGCAAACUCAUGUAUACCAUACCUGAUGCCCAUAAUAAAGGGGUCUCUGCAAUCGCAUGUAUCCAUGAAGAAGGAAGCAAGGAAUUGAAGAUUGUCAGUGGUGGUAGUGAGGGACAGGUGAGAGUAUGGACUGUGCAGAGACGUGGUCAGAUGACUUCUAAGCUGCUGGCUGUAAUGAAGGAGCACACAUCUGAGGUGACAUGUAUCAAGGUGCGGGAGAAUGGGCUACAGUGUGUCACAUCUAGUGCUGAUGGUACCUGCAUCAUAUGGGACUUGACGAAGCAAGUGAGAUCCCAGAUCAUCUUUGCCAGCACUAUGUUCAAGUGUGUCAACUACAGUAAAGAUGAGUGCCAGAUCAUCACCAGUGGCUCUGACCGCAAGAUUGGCUACUGGGAAUCAUAUGAUGGUGCCCAGAUACGAGAACUAGAGGGAUGCAAGUCAGGGGAGAUCAAUGGAAUGGAUAUUUCUCCUGAUGGCAGAUAUAUUGCAUCUGGUGGAGAGGACAAACUUAUAAAGGUAUGGCUGUAUGAUGAGGGAGAGGAAGUGUAUGUUGGUAUUGGACACUGUGGCACAAUACGUCGCCUCAAAAUAUCACCAGAUCAGCGUCGUAUCCUAAGCGUCAGUGACGAUGGUGGAUUAUUUGUAUGGAAAUUUCCCUUCCCCUCUGCAUAUCAAUGAGAGACUUAACCACAAAGUGUUGGUUAUUCAACCAUAUAAAGAUUCCAUUCAUUCAGAUGUAAUACAUAAACAAUGAGGGUGCAUUCACAAUAUAUAUAAUUCAUAACUAGAAUAUAUCCCACUUUUGAAUUACCACAAGUAUAAUUCUAGAUAUACUUUGCUCAAUAUCAGUUAUUUAUUGCAAAGCUUCCUAACAUGGCAUCAUAUUACAUUGUGAAGUUUUGUAAGAGGAUAACAUUGUUAUCAAAUCUAAUGAACAUUUUUGUUUUCAUACUAGAAAUCCCUCAGAAUAACCAUAAUAAAGCAACAGUGGCAUCCUGUUACAGUCUAAAACAUUCCAAUAUCACAUUUGUAAAUAUGUUCACAGUUUUUAGGAGGAAAAUAAUUUGAAUUUUCUACAUUUCAAGGAUAUCACAAUUCUGCUAAAAAGGAUUAGAGAUAUCACUGUUUUGUAUGAAUUUUUUUGUUCAGUGUACCACAGCUUCAUUACAGUUGUUGAUAUAAUAUGAAAUAUCAAUUUGUAAAUAUCAAAUGUAAUUAUGAGAAGUAUACAUGUACAUAUAGUUAUAUGUAAUAUACAUUUAUGAAAGCAAA